AUGUGGAAAAUGCAGAUACAUGUACUUAUUAUGAUUAUGAAUUCAUAUCCGAUUUUAGCGAAGGCAAAAUUUUGUGGAAUACCACCGAUGUGCUGUGCAGGUUACAAGUGGAAAAGCGAGACUAAAAGCUGCUUUGCUUGUGAACCUGGAUAUUAUGGGAUCAACUGUAAUAACAAAUGUAUAUUUCCAAGCUACGGAAUUCGAUGCCAAUUAGAAUGUCGAUGUAAAAAGUCAAUCUGCCACCACAGUACUGGAUGUGGACUAUUUGGAGUUUCAACAGCAUCAUUAACGAGAAUACUAGAAUCAUCAACUACUUCAGGAACAAAAGAAAUGAAAAAAGAACAGAAGGCAAAUAAAAAAGUCUCCUCACCAUCUACAGAAGAUGUAUCUCACUCAUUGACUACAGAAGAAAUGCAUCAAGACCAGCCACUUUUAUCAAACCAAACCACAACAAGCUCAGCAAAAACAAGACUGGAAACAGAACAGACGACAAAUGCAGAAGAAAUGCACUUUUCAAGUCAAGAGAACACACCAUGGGAAAAGAACAGGGUUUUAGUUCUUUGGAUCAUAGGACUCUCCUGUAUUACUGUUGUUAUGGCUUGUCUCCAUAUUGGAUGGUGUGUUGUUGAUGUUUUAUUUAUGUAUUGACAUAGGCCUACUGUAAAUUUUGAUGGAUAACUACGAAGCAUUGUUUACGUGUAAAUCACUUUCCACAUUCGAUUGCAUUUUGUUUCAGAGCAAGUACAAAUAAAUGAUUCCCCCCUUUAAGCGCUGAAAAUAGCAGCUGUCGUAGCACAUUUUGUUCAUCCUUGUUCGAUUGUUUAAAUAAUAUAACAUUAAUUUCCUGUUGUUUUUUUCUGCAAGUUUAUAAAAGUGAAGGUCAAUUCCGUCAUUUAUGUUUUUAUAUUUGCAUUUCCAUUGUUCUUUCCGACUGUAAGCCCAUACGGAGGAGCUGCAAUUAUUUCUCUAUAAUCGCAAUUGCUCUGUCAGUAUACUAUGACGUCAUAAGGUGUAACGUUAUAAUAUACUUUUCCAUGACGUUAUAGAUUUAAACCACUAUACGAUACAUCAUGUGUUUUUCUCUAACCCCAUUAAAAUUGACGUAUUUACAUGUAACAUUAAAACAUGUUUUUGAUAACAUUUUAAAGGAAUUACUGUUAUAACAUAUCAUUGAUUCUGUUAACAAAUCUAUGUGAAUUAAAAAGAUACAUUACAGUCUGAAUGUUUACUUUUGAUGUAAUAGCUAAAUGUCAAGUCUAGGCUAAUACAGGGUAUUUGCGAGUGGUAAAAGGCAAAUAUAA